AUGAACUCCAAAAUUACAAUAUCUCUGUGUACUCUACUAGCACUGAUAUCGUCAAGUAAUGGAUUGGAGUCUGCUUCAAAUCAGUUGUGUGGCUUGGUCACAACUCUGCUCAAUGAUCUCGAACCACCUCUGCUUGAACAAGGAUCUUAUUCUUGCGGGAAUUCUGAUAACUACCAAGCAUCUGGAAAAGCUCGUCUUCAUGCCCAGGCAGUCACAUUUACUAAGCCUUUCAAAAAUCCACCUAUUGUCACGGUGAUUUUAAAUGGUUUAGAUAUGUGGAACGCCAAACAAAUUAGGUAUUCGUUUUAUGCAAGAAACGUCACAGCAACUGGAAUGGAACUUGUCUGUAGUACCUGGGAAGACAGCCAAUUUAACUAUGCAGGUCUAACUUGGGUUGCCAUUGAGGUGUAG